GCACAUCGCCGCCAUCACAAAACAAUAAACAAGCCUCAACAGAUCAGCUUGACAUUUUUCUCGUUUUUCUCCUUUAUGACUAGCAAAUUUGGGAUUAAUUUGAGGAAAAGUCUUAAAUUAUGUACGUAUGUUUAAAAGGCUUUGGAUUAUAUUAGGAAAAUGUUUCUAAUAAAGAACAUUUUGAAUUUGUUCUAUUUGACAGUUUUCGUAUAUUCUUUACUAUUGUCGACAGCUGUAAAUUAGAAAUUCUACUCUAGACGAUGGAUCCAGAAUAUGAAAAGAGGCUUUUAGGUGAAAGUCCAAUAGGAAAGAGUCAAACUACUCCGACAUCUCCUUCUAAACAUGUUUAUAGCGACCGAUUUAUUCCCGUCCGAACGAAGGCGAGAGUUUCCCUGACAUUCGAAGGCCAGGAGAAAAAGCAAACAAUGGAAAAAGAUUGCAGGAAAACUUCUCGAACAGAAACAUCCGAAACUAGAGAAUCAUCAGUAAUUUACAACUGCCUCUUGAAAAACGAGUUAUUAGGAGCGGGUAUAGAAGAAACAGAAAACAUCUUAUCUCCAAAAUCACAUUUUUCAAACAACGUUCUUUCAUUUAAAAUCUCAAGAAAUUCUACGCGAAGCGUAGAAACUAAUGUAUCACCAUAUAGCGUAUCACCUGUCACCAAUAAAUCGCAGAAACUCCUUCGUUCUCCAAGGAAAGCAGUCCGAAAAAUCUCGAAAAUACCGUUCAAGGUAUUAGAUGCACCAGAGUUAGAAGAUGAUUUUUACUUGAAUUUGGUCGAUUGGAGUUCCCAAAAUAUGCUUAGCGUAGGUUUGGGAAGUUGUGUAUAUUUAUGGAGCGCUUGCACCAGUAUGGUGAAUAAGUUAUGUGACCUAGCAACAGAAAAUGAUAAAGUAACUUCAGUCUGUUGGAAUGAAAGGGGUAGUACUUUGGCUGUAGGGACUCAUAAAGGUUUAGUCCAGAUUUGGGAUGCGGCGAAUGGCAAAAUGAUUAACUCUCUUCCGGGACAUAACGCCCGAGUAGGCGCUCUUGCCUGGAAUGCAGAAAUGCUGAGUUCAGGAAGUAGAGAUAGGACGAUUCUACAAAGAGAUUUCAGAUGUAGUCCUACAAGCCCUGAAAGACGUCUAGUCGGACAUAGGCAAGAAGUCUGUGGACUGAAAUGGUCACCAGAUUAUCAGCAUUUAGCUUCAGGGGGAAAUGAUAAUAAAUUGUUUGUUUGGUCAAAUUCAAAUGCUACGGCGCCUCUUCAGACGUACUGUGAUCAUAUUGCAGCUGUUAAAGCAAUAUCUUGGUCUCCUCAUCAACACGGUCUGUUAGCAAGUGGUGGGGGAACUGCAGAUCGCUGCAUUAGGUUUUGGAAUACAUUAAACGCUCAAUGCCUGCAAUAUGUCGACACUGGUUCCCAAGUUUGCAACCUAGCGUGGUCGAAACAUUCAAAUGAAGUUGUCUCCACACAUGGCUAUUCGCAAAAUCAAAUAGUUGUUUGGAAAUAUCCGAGCUUACAGCAAAUCACCAAACUCACCGGCCAUACUUAUCGCGUUCUGUAUUUGGCUAUGUCACCCGAUGGUGAAUCGAUAGUUACAGGUGCGGGCGACGAAACUCUUCGAUUUUGGAAUAUUUUUAACAAGUCUAGGUCGAGUAAAGAAAAUCGCAGUGUUUUGAAUAUGUUCUCGCAUAUGACGAGAUAUAUGAUAAAGCACACAGAAGAGUUUAGAAAGUACGGGAUUGGCAAAGUAUGGAUAUUUAAUAUUCCAUAUGUUGUUAUCUUCAAGGAUGAGUACGUAGAAAAAAUUCUUUCGAGCUCUAAAUUAAUAACGAAAGGUCGAGAAUAUAAAUUACUUAAACCAUGGCUGGGUGACGGUUUGCUGUUAUCAACGGGUGAUAAGUGGCGGAAACGCCGGAAACUUUUAACUCCUUCUUUUCACUUUCAAGUUCUUAAAGACUUUAUACAAGUCUUUAAUGAACAUUCACAGACUCUUUUAUCAAAAUUUCAAACCUACGCCGACAAAGGUAUAAGCGUGGAUAUAUUUAAAGAUUUAAGCCUAUGUACUUUGGAUAUCAUUUGCGAGACAGCCAUGGGGUGUCACGUGAACGCUCAGAGAGGCAGUAAUUCCGAAUACGUUGAAGCUGUGAACGAGGCGUGUAGAUGUAUACACAUAAGACAAAAAAAUCCACUAUUCUUACCAGACUGGCUGUUUAAUUUAACACCGUGGGGUAAAAUCGUUAACAAUAGCAUAAAGAUAUUACAUUCGUUUACGUUGUCUGUGAUUGAUAAGAGAAGAGGCGAACUAGUCGAUCUAUUUGGCGAUAAUUUGUCAUCUGUGGAUGCUGAAGCUAUAUGCGGAAGGCAAAGGGGUAAAUUAGCAUUUCUUGACAUGCUUCUAUGUAGUGAAGGAUUAACAAUAGAGGACAUUAGAGAAGAAGUGGAUACAUUCAUGUUUGAAGGUCACGAUACGACCUCUGUAGCUUUGUCUUGGACCUGCUAUCUACUAGGACUUCAUCCAGAAGUUCAAGAAAAGGCCUUUGAGGAGUUGAAUGAUAUUUUUGGAACAAGCGAUCGUCUCGCAACAGAAGAGGAUCUUAAAAGAUUAACUUAUUUGGAAUGUAUUAUCAAGGAAUCUUUAAGAUUAUAUCCACCUGUUCCGUUUUUCGCUCGAACUUUAACUCACGAUGUAAAAUUAGAUCAGUAUUUGAUACCAAAAGAAACUGUCGCCAUCAUUAUGCUCUAUGUUUUGCAUACUGAUGAGAAGAAUUUUAAAAAUGCGCAUGAAUUCAAUCCGGAAAGAUUCCUUAAUCAGAAUGCUAAUAAACACAGUCACGCGUAUGUACCAUUUUCUGCUGGUCCUAGAAAUUGUAUUGGUCAAAAAUUUGCAAUGCUGGAGUUGAAAGUAAUACUAAGUUCCAUUUUACGAAAAUUUCGCCUUCGAACUUUAACAAAAGAUAUCUCACCAAGCGGAGAAAUUGUCCUUAGAGCUGCUGAUAAAGUUUUAAUUAAACUAUUCUCGAGAUAA